GUGUGACAUUGCGGAGUGUGUUUUGGACAUGUUAGUGUUAGACUGUUCGACGAUCAAUUACUGCGUGGUCCUAGUUCACAUUUUGUUUCCUGAACAUUUUCUCAGAGACAAAGUCAAGUCCGAUUACUGGGUAAAUAGCUAAACUUGAUAAACUGUUGUUUUUUUUCAAUUACAAAAAGUGACCCAUUAUCAAGAGGUUUUCUAUUUUUAAAGUGACCUUUACGAAGUGAUUACUUUUUAGAUUAAAUAAGGAUCUUUUAAUUUUUUGUUUUUUUUUGUUUUAUGUUUUAAUACUUGUAUAGUCUAACCCUAGGCCAUUGUCCAUGGUGAAGGGGUGGGAUAUUGAAAAUGUACAAGUUUAAAGGACUGAGCCACUCCACUAUUCUCAAUGAUCAUACCGGUAGUACUUACAUUUACAUCCAGUAGCAUAGUUAGUUUGAUCUGAAUGGUUCGAACUUUAUGAAAAGUAAUAAAAUCAACAUGAAAUUAUUACAAUUCGGGCCCUUUGCCUUUAUAUUAUUUAAAUAAAUGAACUUGUAACAUAUAUCAAGUGAUUCAAUGAAAGAGAAGUUUAAUGAUACGUUAGCUCAAUUUAGGCUAUUAAUGAUCCAAUGAUAAGUCUGAAUACUCUCAUGGGCCAAUGACUUAUUGAGUGCCAGAGCUGGGGAUAAAUAAUUAUUGGGAUAAUUCCUGGCUUAUUUCCUGAGUUAUGGACCUUACGUAGAGAUAAACAGAUGGAUGGAUUAAGUGUUGAUAUCUGGUGCCAUAAUGUCAAGGUCAGUUUUUAGACACCAGCUGAAUUAGUGCACUCACUUAACAAUAAAACUGUUUAAAAAAAAGAAAAGAAAUACCGAGUCCUUGUAUUUAUUUGGGAAUGAUUUUUUUACUUUAUGAGUUGCAUCAGUGUCAGUACAUUUGUCAAGAAGAUUAUUAAUUAUUGAAGACAUCAAGCCUAUCUCAAUAUUUAUCUGUAAUUAAAAUCUUACCUGUUAUUGCUUGCUACAUUUUUCAAACAGUAACAGAUCAAGACAAUGGAGCUGAACCAACUGACCAUAAUCUUAAGCACACCAGUUCUGUGUGUCAUAAUCAUCUUACUGUCAAUCACUCUGAUUAAGCGGUCUGUGCUCCCUGCAGACUGGACAACACUGCCUGGCCCCAGGGGCAUCCCGAUCUUGGGGAACUUGCUACAGUUAGGAAAGAAGCCUCAUCUUACACUAACUGAUUUCAGGUAAGUUUCACAUUAUCUUACAAAUUUCAAAUCUCAACUUACACUGACAUGUUUCAGAUUAUUACUUUUAAUUUUUAUAAUUUAUUCCUGCCUGCUUGAUGUUAUGGUUCCUGUGUGUUUUGAUGUGAGCAAAGAGUGUAUGACCUGUCCACAGAAACAAGUACGGUGAUGUUUACCAGAUAACCAUGGGUAGUCGGCCAACAGUUGUCAUCAAUGGAGUUAAAGCCAUACGACAGGCACUGGUCAAACAGGCAGAAGAUUUUGCUGGACGUCCAGAUUUCUACUCUUUCAAGUUCAUUGGUAAUGGAAAUAGCAUGGGAUUUGGUGACUAUGGAGGAAGGUGGAAAAUGCACAGAAAGUAAGCUGGGGUCAUUACUGUCAUUAAGGUUAAUAAAAAUCCUAAACAAACUAAUGAUAGCGUUUAAUAAAAGAUUCGAUUUCAGGCGAAAAAUGGGGCACAAGAAAAAAUAUAAAAUUGUAGCAUGUAAGCUGGUUAUAGCAUAUACCGGUAAUUUAAAUACAAUUUUAAAAAAAAAAAUGUUUUUACAAAUGUAUUUUUAUUAAUCAAUGUUAUGAAUUUAAAACAGUUAGGGGUCCAUUCCAGGAUUGCCCAAAAUGCCCUGGCAACUUUCAGUAACAAGAAGUCACAACCCAUUGAGACCACCAUUCGAUCAGAGGCAGACACUCUGGUGAGGAUUCUCCUGGAUUCAAACUCACAGCCUCAGAAUCCUCACAAUGAGAUUUACCUUUCUGUUGGAAGUAUCAUUUGUGAUAUCUGCUUUGGUAAACGAUACAAGUAAGUUUGGUCCUGUGUUGAAUCUUUUUGGAUGUCCUCUUGAUGUCCUUGUUUUUUUUACCAUUGUGAUUAUUAAAAUUUUUAUAAAAGUAGAAGAAAGGCAAUUCUAUUACUGAUCAAGUAUUUGCUUUGUAUCCCUAAAACUAGGCAUCAAAUUCAAGUGGACCACAGCUUUAAAAAGUGAUAGUAAUGCUUUUUUUAAAAUACCUAAGUGUUAAUAAAACAAAAAUUUUAAAUCAUGUAAGGUACUGAAGUAACAUAUUUACAUAAUAGUUUCUAGUAUAAAUUAUUUGAUGUCCUUGGUUGUUGCAUUUAAAUGAAAUGGAGAUAACUUUGGAAAAGUUGUAAAAAGUAAAUCAUUUUACUGCAGGGAGAGUAAGAGUUUGGAAACAUGAUUAUUUUGAUUAUUUUAAAGGUUUAUUUUCUCUGUAUCCUUGCAACUUUAUAUGUUGAGUUUUACAUAUUUUGAUAUGGACAUGCGUAAGGAGAUGUGAACAUAUUAAUUUUGGUAGUGACCAAAAUAUAUCUAAAUGGUUGUUUCUAUCCAGGAGAGAUGACCCUGAUUUUCUUCGCCUUGUCAAACUUAAUGAUGAGUUCAUGGCCUUUGCAGGGGCAGGUAAUCCAGUGGAUAUUAUGCCAUGGACCAGACACUUUACCAAGAGGUAUUUCUUCUACCAUCUUAAUCAGGGUUGGGCAAACUUUUUGUGCAGAGGGCCACAUUGUCAAAUGUAAAGCUAUUGGAGGGCCGUAUUUAUAUUGUGUCCAAUUUUACAUGUCGAUAAACAUUUCUCUAUAUUAAUUAAAAUCAGUAAAUUCGAAUUUUAGCAUUACAUGACAAGAGUCAAGGACUAUUAAAAAAAAUAGAAAAUUGGAAAGAAAGUUGAACAAAAAUGUUAAAACAAUCAUAUCGGUAUAUGAAAUUCUGUAAAAUUCAACAAAGUAAUUUCUUUUAUUUAUAAAUGCCUUCGAGGGCCGCAUAAUAUCAGUUGUCGGGCCACAUGCGGCCCCCGGGCUGUAGUUAGCCCACCCCUGAUCUGAAUAAAAUAACAAUUUUGGCAAAGAUAUUUGGCUCAUUAUUUCAAUAAAAGUAAUUUAUAAGAUGUUACUACUGUAUUCAUUAUAUUACAAAUGUAAGGCAUUUGAUGUCCAUUUUGUUACAUUCAAGGCAUUUGAUGCGCAAGCAUUGUUUGUUUUUUCUACUCAUUACACUAUUUAUUCUUUUGUCUUUGUUAACUUUACUCCGAGUAUGGUAUCAAAAAGUUUUAAAACUUGAAAGUUAAAAAAACUAGGCUACAUACUUUUUUCUUUAUUUAUUGGUAGCUCAAAAUAUUGGAAAGCUACUUGAACUUGAAUGUGACAGUAAUGGGAUCAAAUGAAUACAGAUGUUUAAACUUUACUCUAAGACAAUGUCCAAAGUUUAAAAGUGCAAAGUUAUAGUUACUGUUAUUCUAAAAAAUUAAAAAAAAAUUAACUUUACAUUUUAAAAGGUUUUAUUUGUUCUAGAUACUUUCUUGUUCUCUGCAGUUGGACAUCUCAAUAUCAUACUGUAUGUGAAAUGAAAUAUAGGUUUAUAUAAUUUUCUCAUUAGUUAAAUAUCUGUAUGCAUCAGAUCCUUCAAUGGCUUCCUGCGAAUCCUUGACCUCAUGAACAAAUUCUGUGAUGAGAAACUUAAUCAGCAUCUCAACACCUACGACCCCAGCAUUAUUCGUGAUGUAACAGACUGCCUCAUAAAGGCAGUCCAUGACACAUCCUGUGAAGAAAAAGAGGCAGUUGGUUUGACAGAUGAGCAUAUUUUGACGACAGUUCAAGAGCUGAUAGGUGCAGGGUUUGACACAAUUGCCAGCACUUUACAGUGGGCCGUGCUGUACAUGGUCACACAUCCAGAUGUGCAGAACAAAGUAGGAAAUCUUGCUUUAUUUCUCUGAUGAUUGUUUCAGUCUCGUUUAAAUUAACUGAAGAAAGAAUAAGAUUAAAAACUAUUUUCCAUGUAUAGUUUCACUAAAUAUUUCUCUAAAUCUGAGUCUAGCAUCCAGUUGUACUUUUUGGGGAUGUGAGAAAUUAGUUAUAUAAGAUGGGUUUUUUAUUUAUUAAGUAACACAUAAUCUUGUGCUUAGUGACCAUUUUUACACAUUAAGCUACCAGUAAUUCUUUUCAUUCUAAAAAUAUAUUUUUUUGUUGUUACACUAUUACUGCUUUGACAGGUCUAUCAAGAGAUAGUGAAAAAUGUGGGCCCAGAUAACCAUCCCUCUUUGGAAGAUCUCCCGAAUCUGCCCUUGACAGAAGCGACAAUCCUUGAGGUGAUGAGACACUCCUGUAUAUUCCCAUUUGCUCUACCGCACAGCACCACUAGAACAACAACUUUAGCUGGACACAGGUCAGUCAGGAUCAAGUUGUCCAAGCAUGUUUAAAGUUAAAUUUAACUAGCCACGGAUCUAUCAGUGGGCCAUUAUCAUACAAUAUGAUUGGUACCGGUAAUGUGAGAGUCUUUCUCCUCCUUAGUUCAAUAACUCAAAGCUGAAUAGAUUUAUUGUAAAAAAAAAUAGAAGCAAAAGAAUGAAAUGUUUGAGACAUUUUGCAUCUGAAUACUGUUCUAAAUAAUUAUUGUAUGAAAAUCAAAUUGUUUUUUUUUUCAAAGGAUUCCUGAGAAGACUUUAGUUUUUGUGAAUCUCUGGUCAGUCAGUCGAGACACAGCAUAUUUUAAUGAUCCAGACAACUUUGACCCAACACGCUUCCUGGACGCCUCGCAUAAAAUAGACCGUGCCGUGGUGGAACACUUUAUGCCUUACGGAGCUGGCCGUAGGAAGUGUCCUGGGGAGCAGUUGGCCAGGAUGGAAAUAUUCAUGUUUUUUACCAGGCUUGUGCAGAAAUGUAAGAUGACCAAAGUGGAUGGAGCGGAACCAGUCCUGGAUAGCAAAUAUGGAUUAACCCUUAAGCCGAUAGAUUUUGUUGCAAGAUUUUUUCCACAUUAA